AUGAUAGGUGAAGAAGAGCGCGUACACCAAUGUGGAGAAUGUGGUCUGACGCUUUCCACUCGCAGCGCGUUAACAGCUCACGCCCGCUCGCAUCGCGUAGCCGCUGAUGCUCAUCGUUGCGAUGUCUGCCACAAGACUUUCGCAGUACCGGCACGACUUGUUCGUCAUUAUCGGACACACACGGGCGAACGACCCUUUGAAUGUGAAUACUGUCAUAAAAUGUUCAGUGUAAAAGAGAAUUUGCAAGUGCAUCGCCGAAUCCACACCAAGGAGCGCCCGUACCGGUGUAGCGUUUGUGGCGCUGCCUUCGAGCAUUCGGGAAAACUACAUCGCCAUGCUCGAAUUCACACCGGUGAAAGGCCACACGCAUGUCCACAUUGCCAUAAAACAUUUAUUCAAUCAGGGCAGUUGGUGAUCCAUUUGAGAACACACACCGGCGAAAAACCUUACCGCUGUCCAGCACCCGGCUGCGGUAAAGGCUUUACAUGUUCCAAGCAGCUCAAAGUGCAUUCUCGUACUCAUACCGGAGAGCGACCCUACACAUGCGAUAUAUGCCUUCGUGACUUUGGAUAUAACCACGUGCUGAAACUACAUCGCUUUCAACAUUAUGGUGAACGCUGUUAUCGAUGCACAGUGUGUGAUGGCACAUUUAACACCAAAAAGCAAAUGGAAGCUCAUAUUUACAAAGAACAUGGCGCGGAAACCCCUCGAGCGCCGUCAUCUCUUUCCACAAUGUCCAGUGGGAACGGAAAUGCUAUGUGUGAUAUUGUUGAAGCGGCUUUACAACAACUGCCACCGACGCCUCCAAGCUCUCCACCAUCUCCUCCAUGCCCCACUGUACCGACAACGUCUAUUACGUCAACGUCUCCUACACCCAUGCCAAACCCAUCCCCUUCACCUCCUACGACCAGUCUACAUUUUACUCUCGCUCCUUCCUCACUGCCGCCCAGAAAGCGUAAGUUUAUUCCUUAUGUCGAUUCCCUACCCACACCCGUUCCAGUGGUACGCCAUACUUCUGUGAUACAGUUUGCUCCCCCCGCUGCCGAUUCAUCGUAG